AUGCCCCCAAAUCAAUCUACAAGUAACGCUCGCGGUCGAGGCUCUUCUGGACCGGCCAAGAGUCGGGCUUCCGCCUCUUCUACUUCUGGUCCUUCCCGAGCGCGCAAGCAAGCCCAAGCCACUGCUUCAGAUGGGAGCGACGCGGAUCCGUUUGCGGAGGACGAGCGGUCGCAGCAGCGACGAAGAACACAGGAUACGAUGGACCUUGACGAAGACGAAGCGGAAGAAGAGGAAAGGAAGACGAUACCACCAGAGCUACUAACACAUGUGCUGCAUCAAUUCUUUGAGAAGGACGGCACGAGGGUCUCGAAGGAUGCGAAUGCGGCGAUUGCGAAGUACAUGGAUAUUUUCGUGCGGGAGGCAAUUGCGCGGACUGUCGUGGAGAAAGAGAAGGGGUUUCUUGAGGUCGAGGAUCUGGAAAAGAUCGCGCCGCAGUUACUGCUCGAUCUUUAA